GGAGCCAGGUGUGCCGCCCCCCGCUGCUGCACGGCUCGCUGCCCUGGCUGGACGGCAGCAAGGCGCUGAGCAGCCACCACAGCGCUUCCCCCUGGAACCUCAGCCCCUUCUCCAAGACCUCCAUCCACCACAGCUCACCGGGACCCCUUUCCGUCUACCCGCCCGCCUCCUCUUCCACUUUGUCCGCCGGCCACUCCAGCCCGCACCUUUUCACCUUCCCGCCGACCCCUCCUAAAGAUGUGUCCCCGGAUCCGUCCAUCUCCACGCCCGGCUCCACCGGCUCCACCCGGCAGGACGAGAAGGAAUGCAUCAAAUACCAGGUGUCCCUGGCCGAUACCAUGAAGCUGGAGUCCUCUCACUCUCGGAGCAGCAUGGCCUCUUUAGGAGGAGCCACCUCCUCCGCUCACCACCCCAUCACUACCUACCCACCGUAUGUCCCAGAAUAUGGCUCUGGACUUUUUCCCCCCAGUAGCCUCUUAGGAGGAUCGCCAACCGGCUUUGGGUGUAAAUCGCGACCAAAAGCACGGUCAAGCACAGAAGGCAGGGAGUGUGUAAAUUGUGGGGCUACCUCAACCCCUCUGUGGAGAAGGGACGGCACUGGGCACUAUUUGUGUAACGCCUGCGGACUCUACCACAAAAUGAACGGGCAGAACCGGCCCCUGAUCAAACCCAAGAGAAGACUGUCUGCAGCCAGGAGGGCGGGCACGUCCUGUGCAAACUGUCAGACCACCACUACCACCCUGUGGAGGAGAAAUGCCAACGGCGAUCCUGUCUGUAAUGCCUGUGGGCUCUACUACAAGCUGCACAAUAUUAACAGACCCCUGACUAUGAAGAAAGAAGGAAUUCAGACCAGAAACCGAAAGAUGUCUAGCAAAUCCAAAAAGUGCAAAAAGGUCCAUGACAACCUCGAAGACUUUCCCAAGAGCAGCUCCUUUAACCCUGCAGCCCUCUCCAGACACAUGUCCUCCAUCAGCCACAUUUCACCCUUCAGCCACUCCAGCCACAUGCUGACCACACCGACACCGAUGCAUCCUCCAUCCAGCCUCUCCUUCGGACCUCACCACCCCUCCAGCAUGGUCACUGCCAUGGGUUAGCAAGAGAGCUCCCCUGCUGAAUGCUUACAGUCUCAAAAUGAGAUUUACUUUAUAUACUUACUUGCAUUUUUGCAGGCGUGUGGUUAUGGGUCUAACGUCCCGAAUCAAAUGGGAGAGGGGAAAAAAAAAAAAAGGGUUUAAAAAAAUUAUUAGGAAAAAAAAAAAAAAAAGGUUAUUUGAAGGCGUAAGAGAGAAAAAGAAAAAAAAUUAAAAAUGCAGAAAAAAACUACAAAAAGCACAAAAAAGGAAAAAAAAAGAAAAAAAGAGAAAAAAGUAAAAAAAAGUUUUAAAAAAGUGAUGUUUGCCACUUUUUAAAGGAACUCACUAUGGCGUCUAUGUAUUCUUACCCACUGAAUCUGGAUACCAUUUGUGAAUAAGCCAUUCAGAACUUGCAUUCCCUAUUGGACAGGAUCUCUAGUGCUGUGAAAAAAAUAAAAUAAAAUAAAAUAAAAAAUGCUGAACAUUGCAUAUAACUUAUAUUGUAAGAAAUACUGUACAUUUGAGGAAGACUUUAUCGCAUCUGAGGAGCUGUAAAGAAAAAGGCAUGAAGGACUCCGAGAGAAUUUUUUUUAAAGGAAAAGAAAAAAAAAAAGAAGAUGGGAGGACAAUUUAAAAACCAGAAAAACAAACAAUGCAGACCAAGAGGAAACGCGGUCUUAUGAACAAAUGGACCAACUGCCAGUCAUGUCUUCUCCUUUUAUUUUAUUUUUAUUUUGGUUUUUGUUUUGGUUGGUUUUUAUUUUGGUUUCUUUUUUUGUUUUUCUGUUUCCGGGGAGGGGGAGGGGGCUGGCUAGAACGGUUUUGAUGAUGCAUUAACUAACUAACUAACUAAAUAACUAAAUAAAUAAAACCUGUAGGGAGAUCAUUCAUUUUGGGCCACGGGCCCUUUACAUAGGAAGUACCAAUGGUGUCAGGCAAUCAGUGUUAACAUGCGGACAUUGCCAACAAGGGGGUUUCAGAUAGCCAUUCUCCAGGUCUCUACGCAUUGUGAACAAGUUCCUGUAAUUGUUGUUUGUAUGUAUAAUUCAACGCACCAAAAUAAGAAAGAUGUAGAUUUAUUUCAUCCUAUUAUACAGACUGAAUGGUUGUAUAAAUUUAUUUACUGCUAGUGAUAAGACCUGCUCUUUUUUUUUGUUUUGUUUUGUUUUCAUAUUUUUUCCUCUUUUUUUUUUUUUUUGGAGAAUAAACUAGAUUAAAUUCUGUUGACUUAACAGUGUUCUGUGCUUGGGGGUGGGGAAAGGAAUAUUUUUCUUCCUUUAUUGAUUUUUCUUAACAUUUGUUUGGAUGGUAUUUAUGACAUAGUGACCACGGGUACGGGAAUGUCUGUCUCUGCGCUCAUGCUGACAGCCAAAGCAAUGUUUGCAGUGGCUUGAUGAUAAAAAAAAGAUAAAUCACAGAACAAAGGAGGAAAAAAAAAAACCCUCAAAAAUAAAUGGACUGCAUGUUAGUGUAACCCCACUGUCCAGUGUGUGCUCCCUGUCCCUUGAACCCCAGCCCAGCCGCUGCCCCUGUGUGAUUUCGGGCUCCCAUGUGGGAUGGGUCCCUUUGGGUCUCAGGCAACCAUGCCCAAACUGGUGUUGAGGACAGUUGGGGGCUGGGAUAAGUGCAAAGGUACAGCAGGGUCCUUAUGAUCGUGGUUGCUUCAGAAAAAAAGUAAAUGUUUGGGACAGGAGCUGGGAAAGCACAUUCAGCUCUGUCUCACUGGGUACUCAGUGAUAGAUCAAACAAGAGACAGUCGAGAUCUUGAUGUGAAAUCAGGAGGGAGCAGAUCUGCCCUUCUCUUGGAAGGAUGGGCAGAAUCUAUUAUGAAAAGCUGGAUUUGAUGAGAGAAGAAAAUUCACAAAAAUUCAAAGGCCAUUAGCCAGUUCUGUCCUGCAAGAACUCUCUUUGAAACAGCGCAAUUUUAAUUAAUAUUACUAUUGAUAACACCAGGGUUUCAUUUCUUAUUGUUACAUUUCUGGUGAUUUAAUCCUUAGGAAUCCAUUCCUCUUUUAGUUCUCAGAGUUUACUCAUCCAGCUUCUUUAUACUAUCACAAGGAUUGGGAAUUCACCUUCCAAAUGAAGGGUUAAACUUCUUAUCAAACCACUCCAUUUGCUGGAGAUUUAAGCUCAGUGUGAUAAGGCAGAGGUUACCAAGGCUGUGAGAAAACGCUUGAAAAAUCCCAAACAAAAAUACAACCCCCAAAUGUAGAAAACCUCAACAGACGUGACCUGCAAAUUACUUUUAUAUUUUUAAUGCUGGGUGAAAUAUUUCACCCAGAAAUACGUGUACCCCUGCCUUUUGGCGCCAGGUGGAUGGAAAAAUGUCAUCAUAUCUGUCAGAGCUGUUUGAACCCACUUUGUCUUGGGUGAUGCUUGGAGGGAGGGUUAACAGUGGCAUGGUCUGAUCUGCUGCUGCAGGGUCGCUCACACCACUGAGGGUUUUUCAUGUGAGGAAUAAAACACCUCAAAACUUUCAGGAUGAUUAUACAGAUACAGAUAGCUGGUGAUUUGGAAAUGGGGGAGGCAGGGCAGAGGGUUGACCUUUAUUUGGGCUCUUUCUCCUCUCUUUCAAAAUUAACUUGGUUAAAGUAUUUCCACCAUAAAGGAGGAUUUGGCAGAUGGAAGUGGAACAGGCAGUAAUGGUUUUGUGAUGUUGUAUAUUCUUUCCUUUCUUCUCUGUUGACAAAAAUAUGUAAAAAAAAAAAAGUCAGAACAAAUGGUACACAUUUAAAAUCUUAUGUUAAUCACCUUUCUGCUUUCUCAAUGAAUAUUUUAAGCAUAAAGACUAAAUGUUGAAAUAAAACAGAGUGAAGAAUUA